UCUCCUUAAUACUUGUGGAGAUGGAAAUACCUUCAAUACCAACCUCAAGGUCAUUGCUUAAGAGUGAAUGAGAAAUGUAGCAACUCUAUGAUUGCCACGUGGCAGCUUGGUAAUCUUCAUUGUGUGGACGUUAUGGUUUCAAUGACCAAUCCUAUUGUUACACCCUAUCAAUUAAUCAGCUAAUAUAAAUCCCUCAAUUUGAUCACAAAUUUGCAUAGAAUAAUUUGCUUCAAUUUCAACUAUCUUUCUCUUUUGUGCAAUACCAAUCAGUGCAGUAUCCAUGGCUGCUUCAGUUUCAACUGUUGGAGCUGUCAAAACUCCAAUGAGCUUGAAUGGCUCAGUAGUAGCUGGACCAACAGUUUCUAAUUCAGCUUUCUUCGGCACAAGCUUGAAAAAGCUUACCGCAAGACUUCCAAACACAAAAGUUUCCUCAGGAAGCUUCAAAGUUUUUGCUAAAGAGAUCGAUGAGGGUAAACAGACCGACGGAGACAGAUGGAGGGGUUUGGCCUAUGAUAUAUCAGAUGACCAACAAGACAUCACAAGAGGAAAGGGUAUGGUUGAUUCAGUUUUCCAAGCACCACAAGAUACUGGAACUCAUUAUGCAGUCAUGAGUUCUUAUGAGUACCUUAGUACUGGACUUAAACAGUACAACUUUGACAACACUAUGGAUGGAUUUUACAUUGCUCCUGCUUUUAUGGACAAGCUUGUUGUUCACAUCACCAAGAAUUUCUUGACCCUACCAAACAUCAAGGUUCCACUCAUUCUUGGAGUCUGGGGAGGAAAAGGACAGGGAAAAUCUUUCCAAGCUGAGCUUGUCUUUGCUAAGAUGGGAAUCAACCCCAUCAUGAUGAGUGCUGGAGAGCUUGAAAGUGGAAAUGCAGGAGAGCCAGCAAAACUGAUCAGACAGAGAUACCGUGAAGCCGCUGACAUUAUCAGGAAGGGAAAGAUGUGUUGUCUGUUCAUCAACGAUCUCGAUGCAGGAGCAGGUCGUAUGGGUGGAACCACACAAUACACUGUCAACAACCAGAUGGUGAAUGCCACACUCAUGAACAUUGCUGAUAACCCCACCAAUGUCCAACUCCCUGGUAUGUACAACAAGGAAGAUAACGCUCGUGUGCCCAUCAUUGUCACCGGUAACGAUUUCUCAACACUUUAUGCUCCUCUCAUCCGUGAUGGUCGUAUGGAGAAAUUCUACUGGGCUCCUACAAGAGAAGACCGUAUUGGUGUCUGCAUUGGAAUUUUCCGCCAUGACAAUAUCGCAAAAGAUGACAUUGUCAAGAUUGUUGACACCUUCCCCGGCCAAUCCAUCGAUUUCUUCGGUGCAUUGAGGGCUAGAGUGUACGAUGAUGAAGUGAGGAAGUGGGUUUCUGGAGUUGGUAUUGAAACAAUUGGAAAGAAGCUUGUGAACUCAAAGGACGGACCACCAGUGUUUGAGCAGCCAAAGAUGACACUAGAAAAGCUAUUGGAGUAUGGUAACAUGCUUGUCUCAGAACAAGAGAAUGUGAAGAGAGUUCAAUUGGCAGACAAGUAUUUGGAAGGUGCUGCUCUUGGUGAUGCUAAUCAAGAUGCUAUUAAGGAGGGAAAAUUCUAGUUUCUCCAAUGAUCUUGGAGGCAUUACAAAGUUCUUGUUCUUGAUUCAAAUGCCUCAAACUUCGAUCCAACUACUAGAAGUUGUGAUGGCACGUGCUUGUAACAUUCUCAAUGUGUUAUUAGGUGGAAGGAAAAGAUUCCAAGUUUGAGAUAAUUUUAUUAUUAUUUUUCUUUUUGGAGUGUCUUCCUAUGUAAUUUUGUUAUAUGUACAAUGUUUAAUUUAAUUUGGUGCCUUUCUCUUUCUACCUAUUA